UUCCUGAUGAGCCGAGACAUCAGGCCUGGGUACACGGUGCACCCGGUCCGAUUAAAUCUGUUGGUAAUCCGCACCCGCCCAGAGCUGAAAAACACACACACACACACACACAGAUACACACACACACUCACAAUAUGCUGUCACAAGCACCCGUUCUCUGCAGAGCGUAGGAGCCGCUGACGGCACAAAGUCUUAAUUAUGGUCCCUUAACGGGUACCAAUUAAGGCUGGCGGGGGAAUAACGUGGCCGAGAAGGGGACCCCCUUUGUGCCGGGAUGACAUGCCCUUUCGGGGUCCCCACCCGACCCACGAGAGACCUCUUUGAGACCCCCAAAGCAAGGCAGCAUCCGAAGCCGGGGAGAAGGUGAUGGAGAGGAAACCAGUGGCCGGGACAAGCGGCACCGUCGGAUUGUUGCUCUUGACCGUUUUCGGCUUCCUGACAGUUGGCUUGUUUGGCCAGACUGAUGAGCCAAGGGCACAGCUAGCCGACGAAGGCCUGCUUGACCCUAGUUGGUGUGCAGAUAUCAUCGCCGGGCAGGUCCAAAGCCCUCCUCGACGAGUGAAUGCGGUCCUAGGGGGUUCAGCCGUCCUCUCGGUAAGUCUUGCACCCCGGGCCAAAGUCAGGGAGAUCGAGUGGAGCUACCGAGCUGGACCCGGACCUGCCCUCUUGGUAGCCGUCUUUCGGGAUGGGAAAUUCGAGCGGCCCGAUCCCGGCGACAGGUUCAAGCAGCGGGUGGACAUGUUCAACGAGACCCUGAGGAUCCGGGCCUUGGAGGUGAACGACAGUGGUAUCUUUGGGGCCCGGAUCAAGUUGCUUCCGGCCAUUGUGGAAGACCAGAUUUUCCAACUUGCGGUCUACGAACCGGUUUCAACCCCCCGGAUCCAGAGCCAACUGGUCUCCAGCACCCCAAAAUGGUGUAACGUCACCCUGCAGUGUCUGUCUCCCAGCAAAGGCCCCGUCAACAUCACCUGGAGGAAAGGCAACCCCAUCCGGGACCUGGGGGCCUCCGACCGGUACCAGAUCUCCCCCGACGGCAGGACCCUCCGCCUCUCGCUGCUCCCGGCCUCCCUCAACACCACCUACUCCUGCCUGGCCAGCAACCCCAUUGAGCACAAGAUUGUCUCCUUCGACCUGCAACGGAUCUGCCAGAGCGGAGCCGAGGCCUCCUUCUCUAAGUCCGGCUACGUCGUGCUGACUUUCAUCCUCUUAGUGCUAAGUCUCGGGGCGGCGUUUUGGUGCUGGCGGAUCAACAAUGAGAAGUCGGCGGAGGCAGGCACCAUCCCAACCGUCCAAGUGGAGGAGAGUCCCACAGACCCCCAGUAUGCGGAGAUUCUCCGGAGGAGCCCCCCAGAAGGUAACAAUAAGCCCCUAGGUCUCCAGGAAAGUAACGUGGAGAAAAGCCCCCAAAAGGAACGGCUCCUGACCACCAUUUAUGACCAGAUCCAAAAGAGCCCAGACACGCCGACAGAGGAUGUCACAUAGACCCCUGAAACUGGCAAAGUGGGAUUUACCAACCAUGAGUCCCACCUCCUCAUCUUUCAUCGCUGGGACUGAAGCAGACUAUGUGCCAAAUUUGCAUCACUUUGGAUGUUCCUAUGAAGCCAUCCAGAAGGGAAAAGGGCAUAUUUCUCUCUUGACCCCAACCAACCGUGGAGGAACCUAACUUUCUUCUCAAAGACUUCUUUCCAAGUCUUGGCUCCAAUGACUUGCACUUGGACAGGUAGACUGCAUUGGCUUGCAUAAAGUAUGGAAGGAAAGAGCUCUCCAAACAAAAGACCCGGCCUUUUGGAACAUUUCAAAUAUGAACUCCAAGGAGAAGAACCAUUGGUGGAGUUCUAAUGGAUCUCUCAAUCAUCCAUGGAGUCUUUAUGGAUUGAUCCAUCAUACAUGGAAAACUUCUCCUAGAAAAAGAGGAAGAAAAGACAGAGAUGGGGCAUUUGUGUAUAGCAGAAGGACCAAUAAGGAACAAAUACGAGGGUUGAAUGAAAAGUAAUGCCUCCACCUUUGUAACUCCGAUAGCCAAGCAAAGCAAUAGUGUUACCCACACGGUCUUGUGAAAUGCCGAUUAUGCUUGAAAUGGCAGUACUGGUAUGCGGCAGGUACUGGCUUGUUCAGUAGACUCUCCUCUACAGUUCCAUUUUGGUGGAAAGCCUUAGCAUUGAAUGAUUGUGUUGUUAAAGUGUGACGUAUGGGACCCUGAGCAGACAGUCGCUCAAUGCGACUUAAGCAACGUGCAGUCAUUGAAUUCUUGACAGCAGAAGGUGUCACCCCAAAGAAGAUUUAUCAGAGAAUGCAAGCUGUUUAUGGUGAUUGUGUGGAUGUGAAUACUGUGCGUCAUUGGGCGAGUCAAUUUAAAGAUGUUGAGAUGGGAACAUCUGACUUGCGUGACAAACAAAUAAUUGAACGUCCUGUGACAGCAACCACGGAGUUUCACAAGCAAAAGGUUGGCAGAUUGAUUCAGGACAAUCGUUGUAUCACACAGAGAGAAAUUUCAAGCGUAAUCGGCAUUUCACAAGACCGUGUGGGUCACAUUAUUGCUUUGCUUGGCUAUCGGAAAAUCUGUGCACGUUGGGUACCCAGGAUGCUGAUACCUGAAAUGAAAGCACACAGACUUGAACCUUCAAAGACUGAAUCUCACCACCGUACAACAUCUUCCAUACCGUCCAGAUUUAGCACCGUCUGACUUCCAUCUGUUCCCGAUAACGAAAGAGGAUCUGCGGGGACAUCAUUAUGCUUAUUAUGAAGACGUUGAGAGAACUGUGAGACGCUGGUUGCGGAAACAGAGUGUUGACUUCUUCUGUGACGGCUUCAGAAAACUUGUUUAUUGUUGGCAGAAAUGUAUCCAGUUGUCUGGUGAUUAUGUGAAGGUCACAUUAUUACUUUGCUUGGCUAUCGGAAGAUCUGUGCACACUGGGUACCCAGGAUGAGAAAACUGUGAGACGCUUGUUGCAGAAACAAAGUGUCGACUUAUUCCGUGACAACUUCAGAAAACUUGUUCAUCGUUGGAAGAAAUGUAUCCAAUUGUCUGGUGAUUAUAUGUGUGUCACAUUAUUGCUUGGCUAUUGGAAGAUCUGUGCACGAUGGGUACCCAGGAUGCUGACACCUGAAAUGAAAGCGCACAGACUUGAAACUUCAGAGACUGGAUCGCACCACCGAACGACAUCCUCCAUAAGUCCAGAUUUAGCACCAUCUGACUUCCAUCUGCUCCCAAUAACAAAAGAAGAUCUGUGGGGACAUCAUUAUGCUUCUGAUGAAGAUGUUGAGAGAACUGUGAGAUACUGGUUGUGGAAACAGAGUGUCGACUUCUUCCGCGACGGCUUCAGAAAACUUGUUCAUUGUUGGCAGAAAUGUAUCUAAUGGUCUGGUGAUUAUGUGUGGGUCAUAUUAUUGCUUUAUUUGGCUAUUGGAAGAUCUGUGUAUGAUGGGUACCCAGGAUGCUGACACCUGAAACGAAAGCACAUAGACUUGAAACUUCAGAGACUGGAUCUCACUACCGUACGACAUCCUCCAUUCAGUCCAGAUUUAGCACAGUCAGACUUCCAUCUGUUUCCAAUAAUUAAAGAAGAUCUGCAGGGACAUCAUUAUGCUUGUGAUGAAGACUUUGAGAGAACUGUGAGAUGCUGGUUGCAGAAACAGAGUGUCGACUUCUUCCGACGGCUUCAGAAAACUUGUUCAUCGUUGGCAGAAAUGUAUCCGAUUGUCAGGUGGUUAUGUGGAAAAGUGACUAGUGGGUCACAUUAUUGCUUUGCUUGGCUAUCGGAAGAUCUGUGCAUGAUGGGUAUCCAGGAUGCUGACGCUGGUUGCAGAAACAAAGUGUCGACUUCUUCCGUGACGGCUUCAGAAAACUUGUUCAUCGUUGGCAGAAACGUAUCCGAUUGUCUGGUGAUUAUGUGGAAAAGUGACUACUAGUAGUUAAAGAGCAUAUUCUAAGGAUUAUUUACACAUUUGAUUUAUUAAAAUAUUCCCAUCCAAACCCAAGUAACGAAGGUGGAGGCAUUACUUUUUAUUCAACUCUCAUCUUUAUUUACUGGUGUGAUCAUUUCAUUUCCAUCCUACCUUUCUCCCCAAUUGAAACUCAAGGCAGCUUUGGACCAUGUUCUGACCACCAUCUCCAUCCUUGAGAUGGGGCCUACACUGUUAAAUAAAUAGACUUAUUUUCCAUGUAUUUUGGGGUAAAGUCCUUCGAGAACUAUUCACCAAGAGGGCCAGCAGAUGGAGCUCGGCUCCCAAUAUUAUUAUGACAGUCUUUCGAAUUAGAACUUUUUCUUGGCGGCUCUUAGAGACACAGUGGUGACUGCUCUCAUCAUCUCCAUUGGAAAAUUGCAACAUUCACACGUUCCUCUAGUAGACAAAAGUCCUUUCCCCCACCCUGGACAUUCUACAGAUACAUAAACCCCACUUACUUAGGUUUUCCCUUGACAAUUAGUCCAGUCGUGUCCGACUCUGGGACUCUGGUGCUCAUCUCCAUUUCUAAGCCGAAGAGCUGGCGUUGUCCGUAGACACCUCCAAGGUCAUGUGGCCAGCCUGACUGCAUGGAACGCCCUUACUUUCCUGCCGGAGCAGUACUCAUUGAUCUACUCACAUUUGCAUUUUUUUUGAACUGCUAGGUUGGCAGAAGCUGGGGCUGACAAUGGAAGCUCACCCUGCUCCCUGGAUUCGAACCUGAAACAAGUUCCACAGCUCAGUGUUUUAGCCCACUGCACCACCGGGGACUCCUCCACUUAGUUUCCAACAGAACUCACAACCUCUGAGGGUGCCUGCCAUAGAUGUGGGCGAAACGUCAGGAGAGAAUGCUACUGGAGCAUGGCCAGACAUCCCGGAAAGCUCACAGCAACCUUAUUCGUUUAUUUCAUAUCAAAAGUAUUGCAUAAAUUAGUAUAAAACCAAUAAAAAUAGGAGUGCAGGCAGCUAAAUAUCUUUUGACAGCAACCCUAUGUGUGUUUAGUUUUGAACAACGUCAAUCAUUGUCACCUUGUGUAUUGUGAUUCCAAAGAAGUGGAUCGAAACUCAAUUUCGGAGAUUCCUAUUCCUGUGAAAGGAAUUUUCUCUUCGUGUGUCAAGAGCUCAGCACAACGCAAGACUCUGAAGUUCUCCGGCAAUGCCUAUUUCUUAUUUGUUUCCGCAUUUUUUUCUCAAAUAUUUCUGAUUAAUCUUUGAAUUUCUUCUUUGAUCCAGUCUGGGACGAACUCAAAAGGUGUUUCGAUUAGAGAUGUUUUCACAAUCUCUUGUAUGUCAUUCUGAUGUGAGUCUGAAAAUGUAUAUUGGCUGAGGAUGUUUCUCUGGUUGUGGGUGAACUACAACUCCCAAAAAGGAAGAUCAAUU